UUGAUUUAUUGAGGGUCAUAUUUAUGCUAUCACAGAAUCAGCUGUACUUCUGCUUUGUGUAGCAACCAUUUCAAUUAGGCAAUUAGCUAUAAGAAUUAUCUUUCAUGUAUGUCCUUUAAAUAUUCGUUCACCUAAGGAUAACAGUAGGAAUGUUUAAUAUCCAAGACACCAGAGUCUUUCCGUUGCUGAUCUUAAUCUCAAUCUCAAUCUCAAUCUUCAGCCUUAUCAGCUUCAUCAAUGCCCAACCAAACUACGAUUACCACCUCUGUCAAGGCCAAGAUGGUGACUCGGCAAAUGCCAAUUUUGAAACUGAUCUCUCUUCCCUCUUGGAUUCUCUGUCUCCUAAGACUGCCCUCUACAAAUUCUACAAUGACUCCUUUAACCAAAUCUACAGCCUCUACCAGUGCAGAGGCGAUAUCAACGCUACCACCUGCUACGAUUGCGUGAAAGCUGCAGCUCAAGAAAUCCAAGAGCAAUGCUGGUUUAAUAAAACAGCGAUCAUAUGGUUUGAUGAUUGCAUGGUACGUUACUCUAAUAAAGACUUCUUUGGAAUUCCAGAGACAUAUACAGGGUACUUGAUGUGGAAUAACAACAACAGUACUGAAUCCUCUCCAAGACUUGAUGUUGGGGCUUUAGCUUUGAUCUAUGAGCUAGUGGAAAAGGCUCCCAAUUCAGAAAUGAUGCUUGCCACGAAGGAGGGAGUGGCUAUGGAUAAUUCUUCUUGGAAUAUAUAUGGGCUGGCUCAGUGUACAGGAGAUAUCAAUAAUGUUUCAUGCAAAGAUUGUUUAGUGAAGGUGCUGAAGAACAUUGAACAGUGUUGCCGAGAGAGGUUAGGGUGGCGUAUUAUGAGCCCAAGUUGCCAUUUGAGAUACGAACAAACCCUAUUCUACCACCAAUCUCCAGCUAAUCAACCCAUGCCCACCUCAGGAAACGGAGGAAAGCGCACAACAAAGAUUGUAAUUGGUACCGUGUCAGCAUUUACAGUAGUAGUAAUUCUUUUGGGUUGCUACAUUUACUAUUCAGUUUUUAGAAGGAAGAGCAGAGAAGGUAUAUAUACAUAUUAUAACGCCUGUAAUUCAACGACUACAUAG